GGAAGCUAGAGGCGGGAAUCCGGGAUCGUGCGCCUAUGGCGCCGCCGCAGCGCUGUCCUCUGUGUCGCCAGACCUUCUUCUGUGGUCGCGGACACGUCUACAGCCGCAAGCACCAGCGGCAGCUGAAGGCGGCUCUGGAGCGACUCCUGCCCCAGGUGGAGGCCGCCCGCAAGGCCAUCCGCGCCGCGCAGGUGGAGCGUUACGUGCCAGAGCACGAGCGAUGCUGUUGGUGCCUGUGCUGCGGCUGCGAGGUGCGGAAACACCUGAGCCACGGAAACCUGACGGUGCUGCACGGGGGGCUGUUGGAGCACUUGGCCAGCCCAGAGCACAAGAAAGCAACCAACAAAUUCUGGUGGGAAAACAAGGCUGAGGUCCAGAUGAAAGAAAAAUUUCUGAUCUCCCCCCAGGAUUAUGCCCGAUUUAAGAAAUCCAUGGUGAAAGGCUUGGAUUCCUUUGAAGAAAAAGAGGAUGAGGUGAUCAAAGAGAUGGCAGCUCAGAUCCGGGAGGUAGAGCAGACCCGGCAAGAGGUGGUCCGAUCUGUCUUAGAGCCUCAGGCAGAGCCAGACCCAGAAGAGGGUUCUUCAGUACCUGGAAGCUGGAAAGGAAUGAACAGCCAAGUAGCUUCCAGCUCACAGCAGCUCUCACAGUUGGACACGCAACCAGCUCCAGAGCUUGACUGGAUGGAGAUGGGACAACCUCUAACGUUCAUUGGUCAUCAGGAUAUGCCUGGAGUUGGUAACAUCCACUCAGGUGCCACCCCUCCCUGGAUGAUCCAAGAUGAGGAAUACAGCUAUGGAAACCAACAAAUAGGACCUUCUUAUGAAGAAUUUCUUAAGGAAAAGGAAAGACAGAAACUCAAGAAACUUCCCCCAGACCGAGUUGGGGCCAACUUCGAUCACAGCUCCAGCACCAGUGCAGGCUGGCUACCCUCUUUUGGCAGAGUGUGGAAUAAUGGACGCCGCUGGCAGUCCAGGUAUGCUCCCAGUUUCAGAACUCCAGCCCUACUACUCUUGAAGAUCUCAACCUUCACCCUGCUAAUCCAUCAUUUCCUUUCAGACAUCAAUUCAAAACUGAAACUGCAGCAAGGAACAAACAGCAGUCACAUAAAGCAAAAAGCUAAUUGUUCCCAAUCUUCUAAUCACCAUAAGGCUCAAAAAAGUCAACCAUUUAUUCCUUCCACCAAAUCCUUUCCAAUUGUUUUCCUUAGAAAACAGACAUACCCAUUCGUUUGAUUUAAUAAAGUUUUAUUUCUCCAAAUGUACAGUUGGCUGG